AUGUUAAAUAAGAUAUGUUCUAAUCCAAUUAUAAGGCAAUAUGCUGUUGUGAUCACGGUCAAUCUUAGCGUGCUAUGCUCUGGUAUAGGCUUGGCCUGGCCUUCUCCAGUGCUGGUGAAGCUCAACAAUGCCACAGAGACAGUACUCCCGAGGGUCAUCACGGCUGUGGAGGGAUCCUGGAUCGUCUCCAUCGGAUUCUUGACUGGAAUUGUAGCGAACCUGAUCAUAGGAACGGUCCUAAUAGACCGGUUUGGCAGAAAACCGUUCCUGAUCUUCAUGUGUCUGCCUAAGUUUGUGACUGGAUUCCUCUACAUAUACGCUACAGAAGUCUGGAUGUUGCUACUAGGCAGAGCUCUGGUGGGCAUAGCUGAUGCUGGCAUCUUCACCAUACUGCCUAUGUAUGCUUCAGAAAUUGCUAGCAAAGAAAUUCGCGGCAGUAUGGGCACUAUCCUCCAAAUCAUGUGCUCGUUUGGUGUGGUCACCAUGCUGUCCAUGGGACCCUUCAUAUCCUACACGACGCUGAACAUGAUCUACACCGGGUUCAUCAUAUGUACCACAUUGCCGUUACUGAUACUGCCUGAUGGACCCUAUUCUUUGUAUUCUAGAGGUCAUAAAGCAGAAGCACUAAAGGUCCUAACAUUCCUCAGAUGUUCAGAAACACAAGCCAAAGAGGAAUUAGCAGAAUUUGAAAAAGCUGACGAAAUGAACACCGAAUGUGUUUCCAAAAAAGACAUUAUCAAAAACCGAUUGUUUUUGAAAUCAUUGACCUUAGUCCUGAUUUUGGGUUUGGGGUCCCAGUUUGUGGGUUUCAAUGCGGUUUCGUUUUACCUUCAGACGGUUUUGGAAUCUACCCAGACCUCAGUUAAGCCUGAAGUGGCUUCUGUGACUAUUGGCCUGAUUCAGCUGUUUGCUAGUUUUUGUACAACGCUGGUUACUGAUAGAUUUGGAAGGAAGUCUAUUUUGUCUGUCACUUGUGUUGGCAUGGGAUUGGGAAUGCUUGGCUUGGGAUUGUUCUUCAAGCUGAAAGAAAACGGAGCAGUGGACGGUUUCAUGAACUACGUGCCACUAAUUUCAUUGAUUCUAGUCGUAUUCUGUUACAGUGCAGGAAUCGGUUCUCUAAUGUGGGUAUUAAACGCAGAACUCUUCGACGGACCGUCCAGAGGACUAGGGAUGUCCAUCUCCCUAAUAGCAACAACCCUAUUUGUCUUUUUAACGACAAAAUAUUUUGCUAUAGUAUCCCUCUUAAUAGGACCAGCAGUAACUUAUUGGAUAUUUAGUGUUAAUUGUAUAUUGUUAUGUGUUUUCAUAAUGUUUUGUAUUCCCGAGACAAAGGGUAAAAGUUUUGCUGAGAUUCAAGACAUUUUGAGAGGGAAGAAAUGUGAGGAUACUAAAUGCUAG